AUGAACAGCAACAGCUACGUGGAAGUGUGCAUCCACUCGGAACCAGAAGAGGACGACGAUCGCAACAUGACGGAUCUUGAGCUGGGGCAGUGCAGCAGCCGCCAGAACUUGCUGCAAAGCAUCACAAAUCUCUCCAAUCCUAUCUGUCUGUUCACACCUGCCUCAAAAUCCCCAACGGAAUCGUAUGGCAAGGCGGAGAAACGAAAGCUUAUGUGGGCCACCCUGUUCACGGUGGCAUUCAUGAUAGCGGAAUUCGUUGGAGGGUACCUGUCCGGUAGCCUGGCCAUCAUGACGGACGCCGCCCAUCUGCUGUCGGAUUGUAUCAGCUUCGUGAUCGCGAUCAUCUCAAUCUGGAUCUCUAACCGGCCGGCAGACGACCGGAUGUCUUUCGGGUACCGCCGGGUGGAGGUUCUCGGCGCACUACUGUCCAUUUUUGGUAUCUGGGCGCUGACGGCUGUGCUGGUGGUUAUGUCCGCUAACAGGUUGAUCGAGGGCAACUAUGACAUCGAUGCCGACACCAUGAUCAUCGUGGCCAUCCUGGGUGUCGUGAUGAAUGUGAUAACGGCCUUCAUUCUGCACGGAUCGUGCAGCGUAGUGCCACACAGCCACGGACACUCGCACGGGGGACAUGGCCACUCGCACGGAGGGCAUGGCCACUCGCACGGAGGACACAGCCACGCGCACGGCCACAGUCACACCUCUCGGCCGCGAUCGAAAACGCCUCAGCUCAUGUCACCACGCCUGUCGCUGUCGCGAUCGUGUUCCCCGAUGACACCGAGGAUGCACCGCACGUUGUCCUGCGACGAGAAGAAGUGCGACAAGCUGGAACAACUCAUCAUCCCCAACUAUCCACCGAGCCCGCAGACCGCGAGUCCGAUAACGUCGCGUGGGAAUAGUCGCCACAACUCGUUUGCGCUAACGGGGGAUCAUAUAGGACAACGUCCGAACCUGGACACCAUCCUCAACAGUGCCCGGUUGAAGUUGCACAAGGAAAGCCUUCGUCAGCGGAUGAGUAUCGACGCGGGUUUACACUCGCCGGAUCUGAUCAGCUCGAGCAAACUGGCGUAUUCGCGCAUCAGCACCGAUCCGGAAUCGUCCACUCGGGGACACAGCGAUGACGAGGAGCAAAGUGACCACACGGCAGUUUCGUUAACAGAGCAGCAGCAGCAGUGCUCGGAGGCCGCUCAUGACGACAGCAGUAACCUCAAUGUUCGCGCGGCCAUUAUUCACGUGAUUGGUGAUUUCAUCCAGAGUAUCGGGGUGCUGAUCGCGGCGAUCGUCAUCAAAUACGCUCCACACCUGAAAGCGUUCGAUCCGAUCUGCACGUUCGUUUUCUCGCUUAUCGUCCUGGUAACGACGGUGCGAAUCUUCCGCGAUUCGAUGCGCAUCCUCGUGGAUGCCGUCCCCGUCGAUGUGUCGCUGGAGCGAUUGUCUUCCGAAUUAGGGUACGUCGAAGGUGUGAAGGCGGUGCACGACCUUCGAGUGUGGAGCGUUUCGACCGGCUGGUACGUGAUGACGGUACAUCUCAUGAUCGAUCCCCUGGCAAACACAACGGAGAUUUUAGCCACUGCGAACCAUAUCGCUCAGAAGGACUUCCACAUUAAACACAGCACGGUGCAGAUCGAGAAGAUGCACUUCUAA